AUGAGAAGGGAGAAGGGAGGGGUGAGGGUUGUGAUGGGGUAUAUUGAAGCAAUUCGAGAGAUUGAGGAGCAGUUUCAGAGUGGGAUCGACAAAGUCCAUGCCUUUUCUGUCUAUGAUGACCCUGAUUACUUCUACGACUAUGUUCAAGGCCUACUUGAUGGACUUGAGGCAGGUGUUGAUUCACGUGAUAUUGUUAACAUUCAAAAUGCCAAAGGUCUGGGCUAUGCAAUAAACACGUCUCAGGAGCUUAAGUUUGUCACGGAGAUUGCUGCGACCACUGGGAUUGUUCUGGAUCCAGUUUACAGUGGCAAAGCUGCUUAUGGAAUGUUGAAAGACAUGGCUGAGAAUACAAAGAAGUGGGAAGGAAGAAAGAUCCUCUUCAUACAAAGAGUGUGUAGCUUCCCAGCCAUAAAUAAGAUGUUCUUCCCCAAUGGGCUAGUGGCUGAAGGUGGUGGGGAGAAAAAUGGGAUGGAGGGAAUUGUAGUAGGGAUCCCUGAGGGCAAGUUUGGCAAUGGAGGCAAUGUAAGCUUAGGGAUAGUUGGCACAGUGGGGACACUUGGCAGUGGAGGCAGCUGUGUUGUGGGUUUAGGCAGCGGUGGCUGGUUGAUUGGCAAGUUUGGUAAAGUGGGUUGUGGCAGUGUUGGGAGAGGAGGUAAAGGUGGCAGUGUUGAAGCAGGUUUAGGCAACGUCGGUGCACCCGUCUGCAAAAGAUUACGCCCCGCUACGGUGACAUGGAUGCUGGAUGAGCACAAGAUAACGAAGAUAGCUAGGAAGCAGUACUUGCAAGAGGCCAUUGGUUCAAGCUCUCUCAGAAAGAUUUGGAAGUAA